GUGGCAACCAUAGUACGGUUGACAUGACAACAGUUAAUCAAUAAAACAUUAGUAAUUACAAGGAGAGAAUAUCAUACUAACGGGGAAUAUUUAUUUUGUUACAAUAGUAUCGCAUUUUAAACACGUUCUUACAGUAUAACUUUUAAAUAUAAAGACAUGGUUCGCAUAACUGUUGAAAUGGUGCGUAAAAAAGCGGAACAUCACGAUCGCAUGCUGGCGCCGCUUGAAGAGAUCGCUUUACAUCAGGAGAACAUCGAAAAAAUAGAAUACAUUCAAGAUUGGUGUCCGAAACUCAAAAUUUUACUUAUGCAAAGCAAUCUCAUCGGUAAAAUUGAAAAUCUUAAUAAACUAAAACAUCUAGUUUAUCUUAAUUUGGCAUUGAACAAUAUAGAAAUAAUAGAGAAUUUAGAAAGAUGUGAAUCAUUGGAAAAACUUGAUUUAACUUUGAAUUUUAUAGGUGAAAUAGUGAGUGUAGAAAAUCUGUCUGGUAAUUAUAAUUUACAACAUUUAUAUUUAACUGGUAAUCCUUGCACUGAUUAUGAUAACUACAGAGAUUUCGUAAUUGGUUCUUUACCGCAACUCGUAACCUUGGAUGGAAGAGAUAUUGAAAGAUCAGACAGAAUCAAAGCUCUACAGAAUCUUCCGAUUAUAAGAUCAGAUAUAUUAUUUGAACAAGAAAAUUACCGAUAUCAAAGAAGAAAACAAAAGUCUCGGUUAGAGCAUGACAUCCAAUAUAAAUGGGACAAUGAAUAUAAAGACAUGGAUCCGGAAGAAAGGAAUAAAAAAUUCUGGGCUGAGAAAUGCGAACACGCCCCGGAAGUUCGGCAUGAAAUAGAGAAGAUGCGCCAAUUAAAACUAAAGAGUUAUGAAUCUGAAGAGAAAAAGCCCGAAAAAAGACAAUAUAAAUUAUUCACUGCCGAAGGAAGGCCUUUCAAUAUAAAUCAACCCAAAAUAGAUUUUAGCUUUAAUAAUACAGAUCCUAAUUGUUAUGUUUUGGAUUUAGCUAUAUUCAAGUACUUAGAUACGAGUUUACUCGACAUUGAUAUACAAGUGAAUUAUGUGCGAGUCACCAUAAGAGAUAAAAUAUUUCAGCUCCAUCUACCGGAAGAUGUCGACAUCAGUAACUCAACUGCUAAACGAUCGCAAAUUACCGGGCAUCUAGUGGUUACAAUGCCAAAAGCUAAUGCACAUAUUCAACCUAAACUUAAAGCAAAAGAGGAAAUAAAAAAGACAGCUGUACUUUAUACCGAUCAUAAAAUUGAAGACUGCGACACCAGUUUAGGACAAUCUAAAAGGGAAUACUUGGAAAUAGGUCCAGCAGAUAAUGUACUGGAUUUCACUAAAAUGACUUCAGCGGAAACUCAACCGAAAUAUAUUGACCAUAGGUUGAAAUUAGGUGGAAAGCAACCAUCUCCUGGGUUUAUAGACGAUCCAGAAGUACCGGACCUUAUUUAAAUACAUAAUAUGGAAAUAAAAAUUAGAAAUAAAAAGUUUUGUAAAAGUUU